GCCCAACCAAGAUUUCGGAAUUGAGCCCGGCCAUUUGAGCAAUGAGCCCUGAGCCCAUAUACCAUGUUACGAGUCUGAAAUAAGUUUAAACGAAAAUUUAAUUAAAAAUAAGGCAAAAAAUCACAUUCUGCUGUGCUUGUCUUCAUUGUAGCUCUAAUUGUAGGUCAUAGUAGUUUAUUGUAGCUCAUUGUAGGUCAUUGUAGCUCAACUGUUUCUUUGGGGAAAUAUUCUUUUCCUUUCUUCAUUUUCUUUUCAAUAUUUUUACAAUAUUAAUAGCUUAUGGUGACAUCACAAUGAUGCAGCCAGUUCCCGGAAACGCCACGCUUCACGCUUACUUUUCCAAGAAACAAGGCAAGGCUUGGUCUGUAUUUUUUUCCUUCCAAAUCUACAUCUCACAAGAUGGAAUCAUUCAUCGAAGACCUAAAGAGUCGGGUACAGUGUUUGCUCUGUAAUGAGACGAUGAAUGAACCGAAGUUGUUGCAGUGUUUCCACACAUUUUGUAAGCGUUGUAUCAAAACAAAUGCACAACUCGACGGAACUGAUGGACAAGUCAACGUCUUCAAAUGUCSCCAGUGUUCGUCGCAAACCAUGCUUCAACAACUCAACGAUGUGGAAGACUUAAAAACCAGCCUCAUCCACUCAAGAAUCCUACGAGUGUUAUCGUUUCUAGAGAACCAAAAGGUAUGUUGGGUUACAGUGAGUCAUUGUGAGGCGUUAUGGCGAUGUCUAGACUGUGAUUGCUCGUUAUGUGACGGGUGUCUGAGUAGUCAUUCUAAAUUUACCAAGAAUCAUGCAGUCGUUUCAUUGUCUAACCUGACGAAGGAAGACGUUGAAACAAUGAUGAAAAAGGAAGAGUCGUGUAACACCCACAUCAAUCAAAACGUUGGAUGGUAUUGCCGAGACUGUGAUGAUCUCAUUUGUUUGAAUUGCAUAAAUGAUCACACCCACGACAAGCAUGACUUGUCAUCCCUACAGGAGUUCAUCAUCAACGAGAAAGAAGUCCUGUUUAAAAACCUUGAUAAAAUCGAGAGAUUGACUACUAACGAAGAGGAAAGAAAACAGCAAGAAGAAAUAGCCAUUGAUGUCCGAGAUUAUGGUCAAAAAGCUAAAGAAAAUGUCAAGAAAGUAACAAAAGCCAUGGUAAAAGCACUGAUUGAUCGGGAACAAGAACUUCUAGAUGAGAUCCAGAAAAACAUAACAAGAGCUGAAAGGAAUUUACGAAUAUUGAAUCACAUCCCAGCAGCACAAGACUACAUACAAUACUUCGCUCAAAAUGGAAAAGCGAGUGAAAUGAUGGAAAUUCGAGAUGAACAAAGCUCUGAAAAAUUCAGUUAUGAACCAUUCCAACAAGAUGUCGGUGGAAUCCAUUUCAAACCCAAUGCUGGCCUUCAGUCUCAAGUGGCAUUGGGACAAGGUGAAGUAGCACUGUUUAAAAAGGCCGAUGCAAAGUUGUGUUUAUUGAAAGUGGAACCAGACAUACAUGUACAGGCUAUGACAACCACGAAGCUGACGAUAGUCUUGAACACUGCAGAAGAAAAAUCAGCCAAUGAAUCUCUGGAUAACAUAACCAUACAGGUCACCCCUGGAGAAGACGUGCAGAUAGGUGAAAAACGGAUGAACAUUGAUGGUGAGGCAACAAUUGACUUAACUGUUCGUGUUCCUGGUCAGGUAACUGCGGAUGUUGAAAUACGUGGAAAUCCUGUAUCUAACAGUCCAGUUGUGAUGGACAUUAAACCACAAUGUAUACCGUUAAAAGAUCUACAGUUGAAAAGAGAUUUGAAUAUAGGAUCAAAAAACUUUAACGGCAUAACAGUAAAUAAGACAAAUGAUAGAAUUGCUGUAGCAGAUUGCUCAUCACACUGCGUUAGAGUCUUCAACAUGGAAGGGGAUUUGUUACUGAAAUUUGGUAGCGAAGGUAGUGGCCAAAGACAGUAUAAAAAUCCAAUGGGUUUAGCAUUUCUCAGCAAGACCGAUUUAGUCAUUGCUGACAAUAACAACCACAGAAUAUGCAUUYUGGACACCAUUGCAGGAAAAACAUUGAAAGUAUUUGGUUGCCAUGGUAAUGGAAAUGGGCAGCUCAUGCAUCCCAAUGGGGUAUGUGUUGAUGAUGCUUCUAACAUCUUUGUAUGCRACAAUGGCAAUCAUCGUAUACAGGUGUUCUCUGGUAAUGGUGCUUAUCUAUAUCAGUACAGCUUGCCAAAUGGAAAUCCUUAUGAUAUAAUCAAACAUGAAGGACUGUUUUAUGUCAGUGAUUUCAGUUCAUCAGUAGUUUACGUGCUUGAAAAAAAGAACAAACAGCUUCCAACUACUAUUAGGACCAUUGGUGGAAGGGACUGCACUGCUGUUCAGCUCAAUCAACCCCGAGGUUUGGCUAUUGACAGCGACAACAAUCUACUAGUGUGUAAUGGUGGUGAUGGCCAAAUAUACAAGUUUGCUUUGGAUGGUCGUUACAUAGGCAAGACAAAUGAACCUUUUUGUCGAAGCAGAAUCACAAGCAGCAACACUUGCUCCUAUAUUGCAGCAGUUCUUUUUGACACAAUUAUGUUUACCACAUUGGAUGUAGGCUUGUUUGCCAUUUAAACUCUAUACAGACCAAUGACCACAUAUCUCAGCAAAGAAAAAUUCAAGACUAUCUGCAGAAUGUAUGGAUACAGGGAGCUGGAAAAAUUCCAUGCCAACUAAGGUCAAUAUACAAGUGAUGAAACUCAAAAGACUGUAGAUAACAUAUAUUUUGAUGUAUAUUCAUUCUUACAUUUUCUUUAGAAUGAAAUGAUUUUUACAGUCAUUUGAAGAGCCUACAGCACCUAAAAUAUGUCUGUUAAAGGAAAACUGAUCUGAUGCUUACAGAUGAAKUUUAUUGGUUUUAACACAGCUUUUACGAGGUUGCUUACAUAGCUAUAUUCCAUGCAUAAUUAAAUGUGCUCACAGGUCUUUUCAAACGACUGUAACACCAAAUAUAAAACAAAAAMUGUUGACAGCAUGAAAUAAUACGUUUGUUUUUUGUAUGUUAUGUUGAUGUCAUUAUUAUGCCCACCUGUUGCAAACACAUUCAGAAAAUACUACGGUGAGCUCAAAAUACUGAUACUAGCUGUAGAGUAUCUAAAAUCUAAAGUUUGAAUGUUUGAUUCUGCUUAUAAUCUCAGCUCAGGGACUCUGAAAACAGCCUCAAUGUUUUACCACACAUCAGUUACAAUAAAAAUAACUUUAGUUAUAGUGUUGCCACAUUGUGAAUAAUCUCCCUUAUAAUGCACAGACUGUAGAGUCUCUUAACUCACAGAAAGCACUUACUUGAAUUAUUGUAUCUAUAAUUUGAUUUUACUUGAUAUGAAUUGUAAUUUUAAUUAAUUGUUUGUAAUUUGUAAUUGGCUGAUGAAUAGGCUACUUGCACGAUGGUGUCACAUACUAAAAGACCAGAAAGCUUUGCCUUCUUUCUUGCUUGUGAAUGUAGUUAGUCCCUAUYGCUUUACCAAUCUCCAAAGGAGAAAUAUGCUGGGCAUUCUGGUAGUGGUGUAAAUUGACACCAUAAUGCAUAUUGCCUACUGUAUUGGCCGUGUUUGGAUAUAUUAAAAAGAUGUUUUAAGAA